AUGAAGCUGCUGUUGCCCAUCUUAGCCACCAUUGCUGUGUGGACAGCUCCUUCCAUCGGACAGCCCAAUCCUAAUCCUUCAACUUCCAGUUCCUCUAAAGCCAGUCCGCCAAAAUCCACACUUCCGGUCAAUCCACCCAACACUGGAGACACGGCUGUUUCUACCAAAGUGAACCCGCAAAAGACGAGUCCUGGUGUUGGGAUAUUUAAUGCUGCCAGUAACAACCCAUGGGGCGUGCCUCCACCUAAUCAGCCACCCAUGCCGCAGGUUUAUCAGCCCUGGGCAGUACGGCCUCAACUUACACCUAGCUGGGGACCUCAACCUCCACCCGCUCAGCGUAUGCCAUUGCUAAUGGACAUUGCUUCCAUGAUGGAUCUUUUAGACAGUAUCCUUUUUUAUGAAUUUUAG